GGGCCGAGCCGGGCUGAGCUGGGCCGGGCCGGUGCGCGCCGCCACCAUGCUGGGCAUGAUCAAGAACUCCCUGCUGAGCAGCGUGGAGCCCUGGCCCUGCCGCGUGCUCAGGCAGGGGGCCGCGGGCGAUGUCGCCUACGAGGAGCGCGCGUGCGAGGGAGGCGCCUUCGCCGCCGUGGAGGUCASCGGGAGGCCCUUCGAUGAGGCCUCCAAGGAAGCGGCCGUCAAGCUCCUCAAGUACGUCGGGGGAAGCAAUGACAAGGGGCUWGGUAUGGGCAUGACUGCCCCUGUCUCCAUCACUGCUUUUCCUGCUGAAGAUGGCUCCUUACAGCAGAAAGUGAAGGUAUCUCUGAGGAUCCCAAGCAAGUUUCAAGAUAACCCUCCCCAUCCUAGUGAUGACAGCAUUAAGAUUGAAGAGAGACAGGAGAUGACCAUUUAUUCCACGCAGUUCGGUGGCUAUGCCAAAGAGGUGGAUUAUGUGAAUUAUGCUGCCAAGCUGAAGUCGGCUCUGGGAAGUGAAGCCGUGUACCGCAAGGAUUUCUACCUCUGCAACGGCUACGACCCGCCGAUGAAGCCUUAUGGGCGACGCAAUGAGGUCUGGUUUGUGAAGGAGUGAGCAUAUAGCUCCUGGUGCUGAUGAUAGUCCCUAUUACUGAGAGCCUCCCCACCCUAGGUCCCCGUCUUCUUCAAAAGAAAAUAGCGACUUGGUAGAAGCAGAAAGCCAUCGUCCCCUCCCUUCACAUGCUGUAAUGAACCAACCAUUUUAGAAGAACAGCACCCAGCCCUGAUGAUGCCUCCUUCCCAGGCCUGGCUGCUCCUUCCCUGCAAACCAAGCCCUCAGCCACAUGGACUCUCAUGAUCUCAGUGGCUUGCUCUUAUCUUGCCUUAUCCUCCCAGCAGGAGCUGAGGCAGAUAAAGUGCUUAAUUAGCAAGGCUGGUGCCUGACAGGAAUCAUGUCCUAAUGCUGRCAGACUUCUAAGCUUGCCUGAGGCAGACAGGAGGAUGUGACCAAAGUGCAUACAAGGACUUUUUUUUUUAAGGUUCUUGAGCUUGCUGCAGGUUUAAAUGUUGCUUUUAUCCGUGCCUUUUGAAAAAGCAGUCUAAAAGGACAUGGAUGUUUGCUAUAAACACAGUCCAAUGAAAAUGAGCACUAUAUAAUUUUCUCUUAGUGUGARGUGGAGCAACACUUUUACUAUCUGACUAAGAAAUAUAAUUUAGAAGAAAAUCCGAGAUUAUGUUUACGAAAUUUCUUCCGCUUGAGAGAUGGGAUACAUUAUGUCCUGACACCAGCUAGGUGCAGGRCAGUGUGAAGACUUCCCAAGCAUUUCCUCGUAUUUCUAUUACUUGUGUGCAAUAUUUCUUUUCUAAAACUAGCUUACACAGGGGCCACAGUUGAAAUGUGCAUGUUACUCUGAUUGGAUUAGAAGAUUGCUAGCUGUGAAGGUAGUUUCUGCUGAGUGUGAAUAUCAAUAUUGAAAACAUUUGUGGGAAUAUGGGAGCAACUGUGGUUGCAGCUCCUUUGAAAAGCUCCCUUCUUUAAAGGAGUCAGUUCCAGCAGGUCUGUUCAGAGCACUUAUCUAUAAAGGACAAAAGCCUGCUUGUUCCUGAAAGCAGGGAUUUACUUAUCAAACAAUGAGUAGCCACUUCCAAAAUUACAAGUAGAAUAGAAAGGAAGAGUCUUGUUUUAGGAACCGUGUGACUGUUUAACUGUUGUGCAUUAAACCAGCAUUUUAGCUGUCAACUGUCUACCAGGCAGGCARCAGAACGAUGUUGGUGGGAACGUGCCCCACACUGCAGGGGGUCCGUGUGUGACUUGUUAACCUCAACUAUAAGAGGUGUAUUCMUGUCCUGCUGAAGUGCCUCGAAGUCUAAAUGCCUCCCAAAAGCUGUUUUCUGCUCAGAGUGGAAAGAGCCUUUUUUCAUGUGGAGGCCAAGUUCUGACUAGCCAGGAGCUUUUUGAUACUUCGUUCUUUCUUUUUUUUUUUCUUCCCGGAAAGCAAAUCUUAAAAGGAGGAAAAUCUUCACAGUAAGAGGAGAAAGAGCUUUGUUGUGAGCCUCACAAAGGAGUUUCAGUUCCCUGUGUGUACGAGCAUCUUGUCAGGCUGAGAAAAAAAAAGCAGAUGAUUAUCUAAUUAAAAAAAAAAAAAAAGUGUUGGCUGCAGUUAGUUACUGCUGCACAAAGGAGGAGAAAUUAAAAGAAAAUCAGAGUAGACAAAGAAUUCAGGAGUCACAGCCAUGAAGCAGUUUUCUGAGGAGCAAAGACUCUUCUAAGCCUGGGUUAAUUUUUAUUUUUACUUUCAUGGGUGAGGGUUAGAGGGGUACACUGCUGCCUGCUUUACAUGUUCAUGGAUUAAUUUGGGACUCUUGAAUAGACUUUCUGUAGGUACAGUCCCUUCUGACUUAGAGUGGUGAAUGUUUUGCAGUAAUUGAAAUGUCAAAAUUUCAUUUUUUUCUCAAAGUUUCUCAAAAUUUACCCAGUGAAAUCUUCAAAACUUGGGGAGGCUGAUAAAGAAUCUAAUGUGAAUAGAGCCUCAAAGUUUUCACAACAUGAAUAUGCACUUCCUUCAGUAGUAAAAGUAAUCAAGCCUGUAGCCUGCUGCUGGCUAAGUGGCCUGUCCUUUUGCAUGAAGUAAAUAGGGCAUUAAUUUCAUAGACAUGUUACUAGCAUCAAAAGUUAUGCAAGCUCAAUUGCCUUUUCUUCACAAGCGAAGAUGCCU